AUGGCGACCGCGAGAAUAGCCGCCGGGACCUGUUCCGCCAUCGCUGGACAUCGCCUCCGGCCUGCUGCGGUAUCGCCGCUUGUGUCGAACUUGUCUCACUCACACCAUCACAGAAGAAACCAGCCUCUUGGCCUUGCCUCGGCCCGUGCUGCCGAGCAUGGUCUCACCGGAGCACACCGCCCCGAGUUCUUCCCCCAUGACCAUUGCCGUGCUCCUCCCUAUUCGAUGAGCGCGAGGAGGACGCGGACGAUGGCAACUUCCGCUUUAGCGAAGAAGAGUUUGGUAGGAGAAAAUGCAGGCCUGCGAAACAAGGAACGGGAGGCUAGAAUAAGGAAGCAGCUUCAGAAUCCUGAAUUGACACCAUCUCCGUACGACACAGCAUGGGUUGCUAUGGUGCCCUUGCGGGAUUUCCCUAGUGCUCCACACUUCCCUCGGUGCCUUGAAUGGAUAUUGCAAAGCCAACAGGAUAAUGGUUCUUGGGGCAUCAGCGAAUUUGACUUGUCACCCGACAAGUCUACUCUCUUAUCCACAUUGGCGUGUGUUAUUGCACUCAAGAAAUGGAAUGUUGGCCCGGAACACAUCAGGAGAGGACUGCAUUUUAUUGGAAAAAAAUUCUCCUUCUCUAUGGAUGAGCAGAUUGCUACUCCUAUAGGUUUCAAUAUUACUUUUCCUGGUAUGAUUAGGCAAGCCAUUGGAAUGGGCUUGGAAUUUCCAGCGAGACAAACUGAUGUUGAUGGGAUUCUUCACGUCCGGCAGAUGGAAUUGAAAAGACUUGCUGGGGAUAAAUCUGAUGGAAGAGAAGCAUACAUGGCUUAUGUUGCUGAAGGGUUAGGAGUCCCGCUGGACUGGAAUGAACUUAUCAAGUUCCAGAGGAAUAAUGGAUCAUUGUUCAACUCUCCUUCAGCAACUGCUGCUGCUUUAAUCCACAAUUAUGAUGACAAAGCCCUCCAGUACCUGAACUUGCUUGUUAGUAAAUGUGGUAGUUCAGUACCAACAGUGUACCCGACAAAUGUAUAUUGCCAGCUUUCAAUGGUGGAUUCUCUUGAAAAGAUCGGGAUAUCUCACCAUUUUUGUAGUGAGAUAAAGACCAUCUUAAACAUGACAUAUAGUUUGUGGGUACAAAGAGAUGAGGAAAUCAUGCUGGAUGUAGCGACAUGCGCAAUGGCGUUUCGUCAGUUACGGAUGAAUGGAUAUGACGUUUCCUCAGAUGAGCUACGUCAUGUUGAUGAAGCCUCCACUUUUCAUAAUUCACUUCAAGGGUAUUUAAAUGAUACAAAAUCUAUAUUGGAAUUAUACAAGGCAUCAACAGUCAGUGUAGAAGAAAAUGAAUUUAUUCUUGAUAAUAUUAGACACUGGUCAAGCAACUUAUUAAGGGAAAAAUUAAUCCAUGACGGCGUGCAAAGUAGGCCGGUCUUUGCAGAGGUGGAGUAUGCUCUUAAAUUUCCCUUUUAUGCCACAAUGGAACGCCUGGAUCAGAAGUGGAACAUUGAAAACUUUGAUUUGAGGGGUUCGCAGAUGUUGAAGACAGAACAAUUGCCAUGUUGUGUAAACCAAGAUAUUCUAGCCUUGGCUAUUGAAGAUUUCACCUUCUCUCAAUCUAUUUACCAGGAUGAACUCCAGCUUCUUGAACGUUGGGUGAAGGAGACCAGGCUAGACCAGCUACUGUUUGCACGACAGAGGACAACAUUUUGCUAUCUUGCUGCUGCGGCUACCAUGUUCCCUCCUGAACUGUCUGAUGCUCGCAUUUCAUGGGCCAAAAAUUCUAUACUCUUAAAUAUUGUUGAUGACUUCUUCGAUAUUGAGGGGUCAAGAGAAGAACUAGAAAACCUUGUAACACUACUCGAGAAGUGGGAUGAGCACUCCAAAGACGAAUUCUACUCUGAGCAAGUAAAAAUAUUGUUUUAUGCCAUUUACACUACAACGAACCAUCUUGGAACAAUGGCUUCAUUUGUACAAGACCGUGACGUCAAAAAGCACCUAAUAGAAAUUUGGCUACAACUACUGGGGACUAUGAUAACCGACGCAGAUUGGCGGAUGAGACAAUAUGUGCCGACAGUCGAAGAGUACAUGGAAACUGCAAUUGUAUCAUUCACAUUGGCUCCCAUUCUGCUCCCAGCAUCAUAUUUUGUCGGGCAAACACUCUUGGCAUCUGUUGUGAAUGGUCAAGAGUACAAUGAGUUAUUCAGGCUAAUGGGCACUUGUUGCCGACUCCUCAACGACAUUCAAGGCUUUGAGAGGGAGAGCAGCGAGGGAAAACUCGAUAGUGUUUCACUACGUGUUCUCCACAGUGACGGUUCUAUGUCCAUUGAAGCGGCUAAAGAGUCAAUAAGGAGAUCUGUAGCCUCGUGUAGAAAAGACUUGCUGAGGUUGGUCCUUAAGGAAGAUAGUGUUGUUCCUAGGGCAUGCAGGGAGCUGUUUUGGAACAUGUGCAAGAUAUGCCACUUCUUCUACUCUCACACUGAUGCAUUUUCCUCACCAACUGAGAUGGUUAGCACAGUGAACGCAGUUAUCCAUGAGCCACUCAAACUCGAGAUUCGUGAUCUAUCUUUGCCUGUGCAGUCAGAAAAAUAA